AAACAACAUGGCUGCCAGAUUUACCGCUUUAUGUCUAAAUGCUGUAAAAAGGCAAAUCGUAAUGCCAACGAAAGUUAAAGCAGUCAAACCAGUAGUGCAACAUCGUAAUAUGGUUACUGUUCACACCGAAACUGGGGGAUUUAGUCCCAAACCGGAACCUGUAACUUUUUCUAGUUUCACGAGAUAUUCGGCGAAUCUCCUUUUUUUCACUAUUGUGGGUUUCGCCUUGAGCAAAGUGUGUGCAUCCUUGCUGGACGAACACGAUAUAUUCUCUUUUGAUGAAGAUGAUGACUAAUGUCUGAAGAAAUAUCAACUUCAAAAUUAGAUCUUGAAUGCUUCACCAUGUUGAAAUUGUGAAGAAACUAAAAUGGAAUAUUUAUCAAAAAAACUUUUUCGUUACCUGUCUAUUUCGAAAUGUUCCUAUUGGUGAAUUUGUGAAAAAAAAAAAUUGGAAGCGUUCCUCUUUAAAUCUUGAGAUGAAAAAGUCUGCAACCAUCAAAGGGAGGGGCUUGAAAAUAAUAUUAAAGAAAUUAAUUUAGUGUCUUUUUUUAAAACUUAUUUGGAAUGUUAAUAACUGUUAAUCUUCAAAGGUCUUAGUUGUUAUAGUUUAUUAUUCACUAAUUAGUUUAGUCGGUCAAAGAUAUUUAUGUAAAAUUGGCAUGAUCCAAAAAUAUACUUGAAGCCUAUAAACUGUAUUACUAGGUAGUAAAGCAAUGAACUGAAUAUAAGUCUUGACUUGUAUAUUUGUAAUUAUGUGCCCUCACAUCAUAGUGAUUACCAGUUGUGUAUGGUUGUGAUUACUAGUUGUGUCUGGUUGUGAAUAAUCGAAGUGAUCAUGACUUCCAAACACAAUCUAACAACUCAGUUAUAUGAGAGUUGCGAUUGAAACUUAUGACCGCUAAUUUUAUCCACAACCAAGCACAACUGAUGAUCGCUAUGGUAUGAGGUCUACUUUACCCCAAAAAAACUACCUGUACUGUGUUUGUUUUGAAUUGGAUCCAGAUUUACAUAAAUAUCUAGACUCCACUGUACCUUUCAUUUACAAAAUGUCUGCAAUCUGUAACCAUGAUAUUUUAUAAGGCAUGACCCAAUCUUGCUUUAAAACACUGAAGACUGAUUGCAGAUUGUAUACCAGUCAAGCCAAGAUGUUUUUUUGCACAUUUGGAUCCAAUUCAAACUAGAAACAAGAGUUCAGUAUAUUUAGGUAGUAAAGUAAUAUACAGUAUAAAUCUAUCUUGUAUCAUUUCAAGUAGUAUUUAUUUUACCUGAACUCAACUGGUCUGCUUGUUUUUUGUAAUUGGAUGUGCUUAAAUAUUUUUGCUUGACUAAAACCUGGUUUAUUUAUCCUUUAUUUUGUUUAGAGUAUAUAUAGAUGUCUGUUUUACACAUUGUUCUUUCAAUAAAUUAUUUACACUUU